AUGGUUUUUCUGACGACAAAAAUGAUGGAAAGAACAGCGCUCUUUGUCACAUUUGGGGGUCUGGUCACCUCUCUCAUCACCACUUUCCUCCCUCUGUGGAAGACGAUGAACUCUGACCUGAACGAAGUGGAGAACUGGUACUCUGGACUGUGGCACACGUGUAUCUUCACUGAGGAAGUCGGAGUACAGUGCAAGGCCUUUGAGUCCAUCCUAGCGCUCCCUAUGGAUCUGCAGGUCUCAAGGGUGCUCAUGUUGGUGUCGAUAGGCGCCGGCACUCUCGCCGUACUUGUGGCAUUCCCAGGGCUCGAAGGGGUGAAGGUGUGCUCAGGGCGACGGGGCCUGAAGAGGGGGCUCCUCAUCCUCAGCGGGGUCCUAUCCUGGGUAUCAGGGCUCACCACUCUGGCCCCCGUCUCCAUAGUGGCCUAUACAACUGUGGUUGAAUUCUGGGAUGAAAACUUACCUGAUGUGGUGCCACGCUGGGAGUUUGGGGAGGCAAUGUUCUCCGGAUGGUUUGCAGGUCUCACGCUGAUUAUUGGAGGUACUCUCUUUUUUAUAGGUGUGUGUAUGGGGGACUAUGACCAGCGGUCACCCAGCCUCCCAAACACUCUGCAGAUGGAGCGAAGGACAAAGCACUACCUAAAGACUGAGGUUUUAUAA